AUGAUAACUCCCGUCGAUUUUAAUUUCCCUUAUAUUAACUGGGGUACAGUUUCUGAUACACAAGACUCUGGAAGUGCAAAUGAUUUUUGCGAUUUGGUAAACAACUACUUUUUAACCCAAGUAGUAGAUGCACCAACUAGAUAUUCUGGUCAACAAAAUAACGUGGGGUCUAUUCUGGAUUUAAUUUUAUGCAAUUUCCCUGAUAAUGUAUCAGAACUGAGAAUUGAGUCGGAUAUUUUUGAGUCCGAUCAUUUGGUUGUUAAUUUUUGCAUUGAAGCUAAAGUCAAGCGUCAAAAGAAAACAAAACGUACUGUUUAUAAUUUUCAUAAUGCAAAUUUUUAUGGUAUGAGGCAAUCUUUAGGCUUCAUUGAUUGGGACAACGUUUUGCUGGAUAACGAAGAUGUCAACGAAAGUUGUGAAAAAUGGCAACAAGUUUUUACAUCAAUUGCUGAUCAAUAUGUAGCAAAGGUACGCGUUCGCGACAUCCACCAGCCGCCUUGGUUAGACAGAGAAAUCGUUCAUUUAUUGCGUAAGAAGAAUAAUCUUAGGCGCAAGGCUAAAGUCCGUGACAGUGCUAACUUGUGGUCACGUUUUCGCCGCUUGCGUGCUGAUAUAAAGAAACUUAUCAAGUACAAAAAGAAAGUUUAUAUUACCAAUUUGGGUCAAUCACUUAAAGAUAAUCCGAAACGAUUUUGGUCGUACUACAAAGUCAUCAACAAAUCUAGCAGAAUACCUAACGUUGUUUCUCAUCAUGACAUCUCAGCGAGUGAGCCACGUUUUAAGGCGAAUUUAUUUAAUAAAUAUUUUCAUUCCGUAUUUAAUACCCCAGUUGCUGGUGAAUUUGUUGUACCUCUGCCUACUCUGAGCUAUACCACACAUGGUGUAUUAUCUGAUAUUGUCAUUGAGAGGGAUUUCGUCAACAAAGCUCUUCGGUAUCUUGACGUAAACAAGGCUAGCUUUGGUAUCCCUUCACGGCUUCUUAAAGAAUGCUCUGAAGAAAUUACUGUACCUGUAACUACUUUAUUCAACAAGUCACUUAGUACUGGUGUUUUUCCAAAUCAGUGGAAAGAUGCUAAUCUUGUCCCGAUACAUAAGGCUGAACGAAAGUCAAUUGUCUCUAACUAUAGAGGAAUUUCGUUGCUCGAUCAACUGUCAAAAGUCCUUGAAAAAGGUGUUUUUGGUAGAUUGUUUGACUUUGUUUCACCAAAGCUAACCCCUUGGCAACAUGGCUUCUUUCCUGGCCGUUCCACCGUUACCCAGCUACUUCAAGUAGUUCAUUUACUUUCUAGCGCCCUUGACAAAAAGCAACAGGUUGACUUAGUUUAUUUGGAUUUUUCCAAGGCGUUUGAUAGAGUACCGCAUGAUAAACUUCUCCACAAGCUCCAUGCUAUUGGGAUUCGGGAUCCAUUACUGUCAUGGUUCCGCAGUUACCUUUCAGACAGACGUCACCGUGUUGUUCUUGAUGGUCAUACUUCAGAGUGGCUUCCAAUGACAUCGGGAGUGCCCCAAGGAUCGGUCUUGGGACCGCUCCUUUUUGUAAUAUAUAUAAACGAUAUGCCAGAUGUUAUUAAUGAUGGAACAUACUUACCCCUUUUUGCCGAUGAUUCCAAAUGCUUCCGAUUUAUUUUCGGGAGUGCAGACCAGAAUAAACUACAAGCAGAUCUUGAUGCUCUAUAUGACCGGUCCAUUACUUGGGGAAUGAACUUUAAUAUAAGCAAAUGUAAAAUUUUGAGAGUGCCUGUACUCAUACUGUUUUCGAUCGAGAGUACACUACAGGGGGCGAAUCUCUUAACAUCGUAUAAUCCGAAAAAGAUCUAG